AUGGAAUCAUCUUUUAAUAGUUUUCAAUACACAUCGAGUGGUUUUAAGAGACCUAAUUUAACUCCAGACAAUAAUGAUGUUUCAGAGGAAUCUUUGGAAAACAAGCCUAAAAGAACAUUCGGAUUCUUCUCAGCAUCAAAACUGGAUGCCAACAAUCCAAAUAACGAAGAUUCGUCGUUUCUAAAAAACUAUAAACCUGACGAAAAUCUUUUAAAAUCACAUUGGUUGUUUUCCGAUGAAUCACCGGUUAACCAAGUUUCAAACACGAAUUCAUUUACACACUUAAAUAAUGCAUUUAACAGCUAUAAUCAAAGUUCUAUCGCAACAACCAGAGCAACGUCAAUUGAAACACCAACGGGUUUCAAGUUAGCAUCUGGCAAACAGUGUGACUAUUAUAACGCGGAUAAGAACGAGGAGUUUAGGAAGCUUUUAGGCCUGGACGACGAGGAUGUGACAAUAGAGUCAUUAAAGGCCUCUGUUCCUCGAUUCACAAACGCGAACAAUAUGAUUCAAAACUCGAACCAAAAUCUAAAUGUAAACGUAAAUUUGAAGCCUGAACAGACUUUUAGGCAGAACACUAGCGUUUACGAAGAUUCGAACUCAGACUCGAAUUCUAACGCGGAAACGAUUUCAGACAUUCCAUCACAGGACUCCGGAAAACUGUCAUACACAGAUUUUUGGAACCACCAAUGUACUUUUACACAGUAUUAUAGCUCAAACAUGUCACUGGAGGUGAUUUCUGACCUCUGGAGCAAGUAUGGGAAUCCAUUACUUGUAAACUACGCAAACGCAGAAAGGUACAAUUAUCUGUUGUUCACACAUCAAAAUGAUUAUGUAAGUGUUGGUGGUCUAAAUGAAAUCGUUUCCUGCUUUAAGAAAAUCGUCUCAAAAUCAAAUCUAAACAUGUAA